UUCUCUUAUUUGCUGGACAACUCAGCUUCUGUAUACGUACAGUUUCACGCAGGUGUUUUACGUCGUUUCUCUCGCAGUGUUGUUUAACCGUAACCCUGUUAAGAUAGCUAAGUCGCACUUCCACUUUAACCUGGGUUAGAAACAGUUAAGUUUACCCCGCUGCGCAGGCUGUUUUGGACUCUCUGCUAGAAUCUAGCAAUAAAGCUAGCGGAGGGUAACAAGAGCGGCGGCGGGGCGGAGGCUCGCUGCGGUCGGUAUGGGCGGUGGGAACCACAGCCAGGCUCUGGAAGAAAAACCAGCGAUCCGUAUUCAGAACGAAGUACACAGCAGGUUGAAGUACAUCAGUCUAGCAGUGCUGGUGGUCCAGAAUGCCUCUCUCAUCCUCAGCAUCAGAUAUGUCCGAACGCUACCCGGUGAUCGUUUUUUUGCCACGUCGGCUGUGGUGAUGGCAGAGGUUCUGAAGGUCCUGACAUGUCUACUCAUCACCCUAUCAGAAAGGAGAUUUAGUAUAAAAGAGACUGUGUCCUUCCUGGUAGAUGCAGUGAUCAUUCAGUACAAAGACACUCUAAAAAUGGCUGUGCCAUCACUCAUCUACACGCUGCAGAACAACCUGCAGUAUAUCGCCAUCUCCAACCUGCCUGCUGCCACCUUCCAGGUGACCUACCAGUUGAAGAUCCUCACCACAGCUCUAUUCAGUGUCCUGAUGCUCAAGAAGUCUCUGUCCAGGGUGCAGUGGAUUUCUCUACUGCUGCUCUUCGUUGGAGUUGCCAUAGUUCAGGUGCAGCAAGAAGGAAACAAAGAAGCAUCGGUUGUAAACUCCACCAACCAGAACUACUUUGUGGGUCUGGUUGCUGUGGUGAUUAGCUGUCUGUCAUCAGGCUUUGCGGGCGUUUACUUUGAGAAAAUCCUGAAGGGAAGCUCGGCCUCCGUGUGGGUGAGGAACGUGCAGCUGGGAAUCUUCGGCACAGCGCUGGGCAUGCUGGGAUUGUGGUGGAACGAUGGCACUGCUGUGGCCCAGCAAGGCUUCUUCUUUGGCUACACCAACAUGGUUUGGUGCGUCAUCUUCAACCAGGCGUUCGGCGGUCUCCUGGUGGCCGUGGUGGUCAAAUACGCCGACAACAUCCUGAAGGGCUUUGCCACCUCCUUCUCCAUCAUUGUCUCCACGGUGCUGUCCAUUUACCUGUUCGGCUUUCACGUGGACUUCCUCUUCACAGUCGGGGCAGGGCUUGUCAUCGGCGCGGUCUACAUGUACAGUCUGCCCAAACCGUCCAGCAGUGGCCACUCGACCGUAAGCACCACCUCCUCAUCUUCCAUCAGGACAAAAGAAGGCGACGUGCUGGAGGCCUUUUUGCCAAAAGCUCAGGAAGUGCGAUGACUCCUUUCUGUCGCCCCCCCCCCCAAUCACAUUGUUACAGAAGGAGGAGGCUGAGCAUGAACAAGGAGCCGCACCCUGAACAUCUGAGUUUUCUCCCCCGUCUACUCCCUAUUUUCCAUUUCUGUUGUCGUCGUCUGUUUGUGUGUUUUUGCCGCUAAUGCCUUAAAUUAAACAUUUGACUGAUUGAGUGGAGACCGAGCCUUACACUGAUCAUUCGACACUUUAAUGAUUAUCUCCGAUUACUGAUGAUUCGAGCCAUUGAUUUUUAGUACACUAACACGUCAAUUACCGACGCUUGCACUUUCACAAUACACUCGAAGCCCGCUGUUGUCCCCCCGCUGCUCCGACUUCCUUACGUUCUGAAUCAUGUGAUCAGGAGGAGGCAAGGUCUACUUUUUUCGGUGACAUCAUGUUGAUGCUAACGUCGACAGAAAAUACCGUGACGGAUGUUAAUGGACAGAAAGAAAAAAAAAAAACCCCAUCAGAGUUAUUCAUCAGUCCAGGCUCAGUGCAAAACAGUCUUUGUGUAUAUGUACAUGGAACCACAAGCACACACGCACGCAGGGAAAGGUGCGUUUCCUGUUGCUGCUUUUUGGUGCCUUUUCUUCUUCUUCAUCAUCUGUAUAAAAGCCAUGCUGUACUCGUAUGGCCUCUGCGAUCGACUUUGCUGUUUCCUUUACUAAAACGUAGGGAUGGUUCGAUAAAACUUUCAUGCCGGCGUGUCGCGGGCUGCCAUUGCUGAGGCAAUAGUGUCCCCGAUUAUGGCAUUUGGGCUUAGGUAUUGGAAGAGACGGUAGUUGUUGUUUUUUUUUGUAUGGGAUCGAACCAGUCCUACUUAAAAACUCAUCUUCCUCUCACUUAGCUGGAACUAGGGGCAUUUCAUAAUUUCCUUAAACUUGUCGAAUUUGCCAAUGUGACUUUCGUCGAUGACACUUUUAAUCUGUGUUGCUGCUUUAAUUGGUGUUCACUUUGGGUGUGAAAGAUUUUUUUUUUUUUCCCGCCAAUCGUUAAUCACGUCACUGCGGCCAGCACUGACCGAGGAGGUAAAUGUCCCUCCUCUUGUGAAGACUGAGGGGAAAGGGAGGUCCCCCCCAAUCAGAAGUGAGUUAUUAGAAAAUCAAUAAUUAAAAAAAAAAAAAACAAAAAAGCUAUGAUACAAUGUAUCUUUAACUGAAGAUAAAUACGACUUUUUUUUUUCCAUUUAUUAUGGAUUGAAAUACUUAUUUAAAAUGUAAAGAGCAGGUAGACAAAUUUAAAAAGGAGCAACACAAAAGGGGCUCAGUUCCCAACUUCUCAGAUGUCUCACACAAAUACAAUUUAUUCAAAUGUACUACUGAAGCAAACAUGAAGGUAGAAAAAGAUUACACGUCUUUAGAAAUGAAAGAUCUCAAUAUUCAAAAUAUUUCAUGAGUUCAGAAAUAAUAAUAAGACUUGACUAUGACUUAAAUUGUUUUAAUUUGACACCAACAAUGAAGAUUUUUUUUUUUUUUCCCGUAUGUGUUGAAUUGUUCUUGCUUGGUGUCUUAUGGUGUGACUUUAAAAAAUGUUGAAUGUUUACAUGUUUGACACACAUACUGUACAUAUAUUAAUAUAUGUGUAUAAAUGUAUAUAAAUAUAUACAUAUGUGUGUAUGAUAUGCGUAUAUAUAUAUAUGUGUAUAUGCAUAGACAUUAAAUAUUGUGAUUGACACAAUAUUUAAUCGCAGGGUGAUCAGUAAACUGAUCAAGUUAAAUUGAAAUAACUAAAUAUGUCCAAAAUAUAUUCUAGUAUAAUGCUGGAACAGAAGACAAAUAACAGCAGGUAGAUCAGUGUUGUUGAACAGCUGUUAUUUGUGGCAUUUUUUUUAUCCAAAUGAUGCGAUUAUUAAUGUGGAAAGAUGUCAAGAAACAAUUGCGGUAUCAUUGAAGUAUUACUUAAUACCUUUCAUCACAGUCCAUUAGGGUAAUUCUGCUAGUCAGCUUACUGCCCUGCGCUAGAUAAGGCUGUCCAUCUGACCUGAAGUUGAACCCUCCACAAACAAAUGCUGGGCGUGAGCUCAAAGUACCUGCGUGAAAUUGUUUUCUGCAGUGUGCUGUGCAAAUAGUGCGUGUCAACGUUGUAAUGCAGCAAUGAUAAGUGGGUGGAAAGUAUUU